UUACCAAGGUGACUGGUUUAAAAAGCUAUAUAAUUUAUAAAUAUGUAAUAUAGGGAAUGAAAAACUUGCAUCAACCUACAGGAAUCAUGGAGAACUAUAAAUAGCAUUUGGAGAGUUCGUUUUAUUCAAUGGACUCACUGCGAGAUGUAUUCGAAUAUCUGGCGCCCCUAGACCACUAUUUUGCCCCUUCUACUUAGCGGAAAGGUGGAAUUUCGUACAGCAUGAAAAAAAAAAAUUCUCCCUAUUUUAAAUUUUUUUUGUAAUGUUUUGUAAAUCAUUUAAGUUUGGUUUGACGUACGAAGAAACCUAAAUGUUUUUUGAAAAUAACAAAAAUGUACCAUUUUGUGUGCGAUUUAAAGCAACAAUAUCAUAUUGAGAGAUAUCUGAUAUUGCUAGAGACGUAUUUGAGUAUUUGGCGCCCCUCGGUCACUACUAUUUUUGUACCCUCCUCCCUCUACAAACCACAACAUGAAAAGUGAAAUUUCGUGCAACAUGAAAAAAAUAUAUAAAAAAUGAUCCGCCACCUAAAAUUGUGCGCCCUAAGCCUGGGCCUAGUCCACAUGUGCACUAAUACGGCUCUGGACUCAUUAAACGUAUUGUUCCAACUCUCACUUGACGCACAGAAAAUGCGAGAGAAGAUUUUGUUUUCACAAUUAAACAGUUAAUUAACUCUUGAUAUGAACUUUUUUCAUCAGACAUCAAGCUCACAUGUAUCGUGUUACGGUAUACAUCAGGGUCCUAUAUUUCUUUAAAACGACGCUGUAGGCCUAUAUCAGUGGUGGAUCCUGCAUGAAGAAGGUGGAAAAUAAAGACAGCCAGCCAGAAUGUCUACACAGGGUAGAACCGUAAUAAGGCAGUUGUACCACCAGAAAAAUAUGAAAAAGCGUCUCUUUUUUUUGGGUUUAAAAUACUCUUCUUGUCUACCUGGAGAUAACCUUCUAGUACUGCCUUGGUUCUAUUUGCAAAUUGUAAUACCACCCACUUAUAUAUUUUAGACUGGGGUCUUUCAUUAGUCCAUGAGCCAGGCACCAUUUGACCCCAUGACCCCACGACACGAUCUGUUAUCAAAGUAUACUUCUUCAAAGAUAUCGGAAGAUGUCAGCAAAUGGGGGUGGGGGCAAUUAUAUACUAGUUCGUUAUGCAUCAGUUUGAGGGCAAUGCAUAAUCUUCGGUAUCCCCCGCCCAUUCCCCCUUCCCUUCAGACACCUAAGUAAUUCUUAGCUACAACUACAGGAACCACCGAGAACAUAAUUAAUGGAUAUAUUAUAAUUAAUUGAGCACAAUACAACCAUAAUAUUAUAUUGUACUGUAUUGUGUUGUAUUGUUGUACGUGUUGUGCUGUGCUGUGCUGUGCUGUGCUGUGCUAUCUUAUGUUAUACUAUAUUAAUUAAUUAAUUAACGUGUUCUUGUUCUUGUAGCCAAUGGAGUUGUCCUGAUCCAGCUGAACCGUCCAAUAGAAUACUCGACGUGCGUCACCCCGGUUUGUCUCCCCUCGCCAUCUAGUUUAAACACCUGCGGGCAGAGGGGGUGCAGGAUGAGCGGUUGGGGGAAUACAGAGAAUAACGCUCUGAGAGACCAUUUACAAAUGGCGCCUGUUUGGAUUCCGACUACCAGUACGUGCGAACACAUAGAAUUCUACGGAUCCAACAUUCAGACACUUCCGGCCAAAACGACAUGCGCACUGAGUUCUCAGCGUCCUGCAGCCUUCAACUGUGUUGGUGAUCAGGGCGGGCCGGUUGCUUGCCAGGAGACCUCGGGAGAGUGGAUCCUAAAGGGGGUGGUCUUGUUGAGAAUCCAGUGUACAUCCGGAGCUCCCAUACCAAUAGCUGACGUCACAAAAAUGGUGGGAUGGAUCCAGACGACCAUGAAUGCUGACGUAUAGUGCAGUGCAAUUAAAGCACACAUCUUACAGUGCAGAUGCGUGCAUUUGAUAUUUAUUUUGUUCCAUAUAAACAAGUUUUAUUUCUAGUACAAAUACUUCGAAAUAUGUGAAAAAGUAAUUUAAUACCAUUUGCUGAUAUUGAAUAAAUACAUGUACUUCUAAAAAAAACCCCACCAUGUAUCUUGUUUUGUGUUACUAUUUUAUUAUUAAGAAAUAUAAGAACCACGUCCAUAUAGGUUCUAUUAUACCAAAUAAAAUCCCAAAGGCAACCAUGUUAACGUUUGUUGUUAAACCCACUAUUUGCAUUAUAUCAACCAAACUAUGACCCAUAACUAUCAGUACUACAACCCCUACCUCAAAGUAUUAACUGAAGAAGAUGGUACCUUUCAUGGCUCAUUUUCGGUAUAACCAGAUGUUUUUGCAACACCCCUAGUUUCAGACAAAAUUUAAGUACAGAUUUACAGAUACUCCAAACAUGUUUCAAGCACAAGGCUACUUGACACAGAGGUACUAGAUGAAAUAAAAUUGCAUACAUUUUUUGCCCAGAUGAAACUAAAUGUUUUUACAACACACUCAUAUUUAUCACCAAUGACA